CCAUUGUCUCUGUAUUGUACUUGCUCGUUUUUCUUGAUUACAGUCGAAUGUGUUAUUGUUCACUUUCAUCUUCACCACCCAAGUCGCGCGCCUUCCUUGCGAAAUGGAGCCAAGCCUAACGGGCCGGAUUUCUCCGAUGCAAACGCAGAGUCACCAUCAGUUCGUACCCUUUGGCCUCGAAUCUCUUCCACAUCCAGACUGCGACCUCUUGCAAUCUCGACUACAUACCGUCUGUGACUCUUCCAUAGUCAUUCCUGCCCGCAGAGCACUCAAUCAUCCCAUUCACAACCGCCGCCCCCGGUUCAGCAAUGGCAUACCCACUCUUUCGAGCUGCUUUCGUCGCUGUCGCGUCGUGCCUGAGCAGGAUGCAGGAUGGAGACACCGUGGGUGACCCUCCGGUGGUGAAGCCAGGUCAUGUUGCUGCACCAGACCACCCUGCCCGCACCAAUCGAAACUCGUUCCGCUCCGUUACCAACCCGAACUCGAAGCCCCCUCGCCGAAACGGCAUCAGGAAGACCAAGGCCCAGAAGAAAAAAGCCGUCUCACCAAGAAUCGAACGUGAAGUUCUCCCAGAACUUAUGGACGAGGACGCCCGCCGGGCGAUCUGGGAGCCCAUGAGCCUGGUCACUAAAAAAGACGCCGAAGCGGACGACAUGAAAGAGCAGUAUCGCCAGCAUUACGCCAUCUUCGAGGAAUGGCGCAGCGACCCCGAACUGAGGUCCUUUUGCGACCCGGAAGCAAUCGCCAAGGAACACAAGAAGCUCAAGGAGAUUUUAGACGACAUGGAGCUCCACGACCUGAACAAUCCGCGAGAGGUCAGGCUCGCCGAUUGCUGGUAAACAUGGUACUUCAAGGAGUGCGACGAAUUCCUCGAAGAAAACGCCGCUACAGACGCGCAAAAGCAGCUCCGAAAGACAGUACGAAAGAUCAUCCGAAUCCUAGAGAAAGCCCAUGGAGCAGCAAUGAGGCACUCACCACCUCCACGAAGACGCUAAACCAUUCCUCCGCCGCUUCGGGCCGGCUUGGCAGGUACGGAUCAAGAAGGCGGGCACGGCGGGGUUCCCGCAACGUCAUCGCCAACCACGCUUUGC